GAACCAAAACCAUUCAUGAAUUGAACAGAAAGAAAGAGCUUGAGACUUUUCUUGCAAUUCCUGGCUAUCGCUGUAUGAUUGGUGUAUUUGGAUUUUGAACCAUAUCCUUAUGACCCAUGAUUCAAGAACAAUCCCCACAGUUCAAGCCAAGUUUUAGGUAAAAUAUCUAGAAAUGAUCACGCCUAUGGCUUCUGCAGUUUCCGCAACCAAGUACCCAUCCUUCUCUGCUCUAUCCACUUGUGCAAAUUUCUGCCCCCAAAACUAUACUUCUCGUUUCUCCAAGUGGUUUCCUCAACUGGGUAUUGGCCCUUUCUCGCCAUGGAAUGGUUUGAGGCAUCUGGGUGUCUCAAUCUCACAGAGACCAGCAAGGAAAGGUGGUGUUGCAGGGAAGAAGGGACAAUGUAAAGGGAAGGUUGUGUAUGCUUCUCUAUUUGGAGUUGGGGCUCCUGAAGCUCUGGUGAUUGGAGUGGUGGCUUUGUUGGUUUUUGGUCCCAAAGGUCUUGCCGAGGUUGCUCGGAAUUUGGGAAAAACUUUACGUGCGUUUCAACCCACAAUUAAAGAGCUUCAGGAUGUUUCAAGAGAAUUCAAAAGCACCCUUGAGCGAGAGAUUGGUCUUGAUGAAAUUCAGAGUUCAACACAAGACACAAAUAGAUCAAACACAACCAGCACUAUCUCUACCCCUUCAUCAGUACUGAGUCCUGAUAAUUCUCAGACAGCAGUUGACCCAAAUGGUGCUGCAUCUCCAAACAGAGCUUACUCUACUGAAGACUACUUGAAGAUAACAGAAGAACAGCUGAAAGCAUCCGCUGCCCAACUGCAGACCGGGACAUCUUCUCAAGGCGAAAGCCAGUUUGUACCCCAAACUCAGCCGCAAGGUUUGUACCCUGUAACUGACUUUUAAUAGAACUGGUAGCAGAGGCCGUUCAAGAAUCUCCUGCUGCAGCAAGUUCGGUCGACAAGCCUGGAAGUGAAACCUGAAACCGUAUACGAAGAAGUUUCACCCAAUUUUUUGGUAAAAUUUUUUACCCUAGAUGGGACUCAAAUGUUGUUUAGAAGACAAAACAGAGAAGUUGAGGGCAAUUUCUGUGACUGAGUUGGAGCAUGGUUCUGUCUUAGUUAACUGUUGCAGGAGAGGAAUACUAAAUUUUCUGGGCCAGUAUUCUCUUUCAGUGUACCCUUGAACAUAAUAAAAAUAGUGCAUUCUUCAUUGUUUA